AUGCGGAAGCUUGUUAUCCCGAAAUACUACGGUCGUCCUUCCAUUGGCUUGGCUUUAUUCGGCUGCACAAAUCGACCAUUCUACCACGUCUGUGUAUUUCCUGAUAGAGCUCUGGGACGGAGAUACGAAGGCAAUAUUAUCGAGCAGCUUGGGACGUUUGAUCCACUGCCCAAUUCAAGAAACGAAAAACUUGUGUCUUUCAACUUUGGCCGAUUGAAGUAUUGGAUUGGAGAGCGUAACGCUCAUAUAUCUGUUCCCGUAUUGGAACUUCUCGGUCUGUCUGGAUUGUUUCCUAUCCAUCCGAAGACUUUCAUUCGAGCGCGGCACAACAGGGAAGCUGCGGCUGCUUCAGCGCAAACCAAAGAGAUAGGGGCCGAUAGUGAAGAAGCCACAGAAGAAGCCACAGAGGUUGCUUUUGAUACCCAUUAA